GCAAUACCAUCAUCCUCAUUUAGAGCAUAGACCUUCUUCUUCUUCCUCUUUAGCUACGACUACAACCACAGCUAACAGUGCUCAUAUGCGAUAUGAUUUCCCUCCUAGACCUCGUAGACGAAGAGAAAUGCAAGCUAUUACAAAAAUUGUCGAAACACGAGAGUAUCCAUAUGUUGAUGGCUAUUUUUGGAAGAAUAACGGUAACACUGUACAAAAGAAGACGGGCAAUAAAAGUGUAUAUUAUAAGUGCUCCAACAGUAACAAGGGCUGCCCAGUAAAUAAGACUGUGACAUGGAAAGACCAUGGUGAAUAUCUUAUUAAAUACAGAGGAGAACACUUGCCUGAUUGCAACAAGGUACAACGUAUUGUGGAUGUUUAAAAACAACAAACUUUUUUUUUAAAAAAAAAAAAAAAAAAAAAAAA